GCGGCGACGGCGGUGCCGGGCCCCGGGGCGGAGGGCGCGCCGGGAUGGGCCCCAAGCGGCGGCAGCUGACGUUCCGGGAGAAGUCAAGGAUCAUCCAGGAGGUGGAGGAGAACCCGGACCUACGCAAAGGCGAGAUCGCGCGGCGCUUUAAUAUCCCGCCGUCCACGCUCAGCACCAUCCUGAAGAACAAGCGCGCCAUCCUGGCGUCGGAGCGCAAGUACGGAGUGGCCUCCACCUGCCGCAAGACCAACAAGCUGUCCCCGUACGACAAGCUUGAGGGGCUUCUCAUAGCUUGGUUCCAGCAGAUCCGGGCCGCCGGCCUGCCGGUUAAGGGCAUCAUCCUGAAAGAGAAGGCUCUGAGGAUAGCGGAGGAGCUGGGCAUGGACGACUUCACUGCUUCUAACGGCUGGCUGGAUCGCUUCCGCAGGCGCCACGGCGUAGUGGCCUGCAGCGGCGUGACCCGUUCUCGAGCUCGAAGCUCUGCCUCCCGGGCCCCAGCGGCACCUGCUGGCCCAGCCACGGUGCCCUCCGAGAGCAGUGGUGGGAGUACACCCGGCUGGCGCACGCGGGAGGAGCAGCCACCGUCGGUGGCCGAGGGCUACGCCUCGCAGGACGUGUUCAGUGCCACCGAGACCAGCCUGUGGUACGACUUUCUGUCCGACCAGGCCUCGGGGCUGUGGGGAGGUGAUGGACCCGGACGCCAGGCCACCCAGCGACUUAGUGUUUUGCUGUGUGCCAAUGCUGAUGGCAGCGAGAAGCUUCCUCCCUUGGUGGCAGGCAAGUCCGCCAAGCCCCGUGCAGGCCAAGGUGGUCUGCCCUGCGACUACACUGCCAACUCUAAGGGUGGAGUCACUACCCAGGCCCUGGCUAAGUACUUGAAAGCGCUGGACACCCGAAUGGCUGCAGAAUCCCGUCGAGUCCUUUUGCUGGCCGGUCGUCUGGCUGCCCAGUCCUUGGACACCUCAGGCCUGCGGCACGUGCAGCUGGCCUUUUUUCCUCCUGGCACGGUGCAUCCAUUGGAACGAGGAGUGGUCCAACAGGUGAAGGGCCACUACCGUCAGGCCAUGUUACUUAAGGCCAUGGCAGCACUUGAGGGCCAGGAUCCCUCAGGCUUGCAGCUGGGCCUAGUGGAGGCUCUGCACUUUGUGGCUGCGGCAUGGCAGGCUGUGGAGCCCUCAGACAUAGCAACUUGCUUUCGAGAGGCCGGUUUUGGAGGUGGCCUUAAUGCCACUAUCACCACUUCCUUCAAGAGUGAGGGGGAGGAGGAAGAGGAGGAGGAGGAAGAGGAGGAAGAAGAAGAGGGGGAGGAGGGUGAAGGGGAAGAGGAGGAGGAGGAAGAGGAGGAAGGGGAGGAAGAAGGAGGGGAAGGAGAGGAGGUUGGAGAGGAAGAAGAGGUAGAAGAGGAGGGUGAGGUUGAUGACAGUGAUGAAGAGGAGGAGGAGGAAGAAAGCUCCUCUGAGGGUUUAGAGGCUGAAGACUGGGCCCAGGGAGUAGUGGAGGCCAGCGGUGGGUUUGGGGGUUACAGUGUCCAGGAAGAUGCCCAGUGCCCCACCCUCCAUUUCCUGGAAGGUGGGGAAGACUCUGACUCAGACAGUGAUGAAGAAGAUGAAGAGGAGGAUGAAGAAGAUGAGGAUGAUGAUGAGGAUGAUGAAGAUGGUGAUGAGGUCCCUGUACCCAGCUUUGGGGAGGCCAUGGCCUACUUUGCCAUGGUCAAGAGGUACCUGACCUCCUUUCCCAUUGAUGACCGAGUGCAAAGUCACAUCCUUCAUUUGGAACAUGAUCUGGUCCAUGUGACUAGGAAGAACCACGCCAGGCAGGCGGGAGUUCGGGGUCUUGGACAUCAAAGCUGAGCUGCUGGACAUAGCUGUGUGCUCCAGCCCAGAUGGGCAGCGCCUGCUCAAGGCAGAGACCUCUGGGCAGUGGCU